UGUGUAUCACUCGGUUUCCAAAGUUCGGUUCGUGUUUUCCAGAAAUCCAGUUUUUCUUUUCCAUCGACCGGAGGUUCCCUUGCUAGGAGUGCAAACUGCUGGAAGAUGGCGGUUGGGAUGCUGUCGGAAACUGGAGCGAGGCGGUGGAUCUAGUAAGCUAGGUAGCUAGCUGGCGCUAACUGGAUACAGUGCAGAACGGAAUUAUGUUUCGUUUUGAUUUCCACCAUUAUCGGAGAUGGACGUUGGAUUUUCUUUAAGGAACUCGCACCCGUUAAAUAGCCGGAAUCUGGAACGCUCUUUCCAGGGGGAUUUUUGAGACGUUAUCAUUUUCUGAACCAACCCCAUACCGCUAGCUUGCAGGCUAGCUAGUAUUAUCUGCAUAGUCGUAGCUAGGCAGAAAGUGGAUGAAAAUGUCGGAUAGUAAGGUAAAAGUUGCAGUUAGGGUCCGGCCGAUGAACCGGAGAGAAUUGGAACUGAAUACAAAGUGUGUUGUGGAAAUGGAGGAAAAUCAAACUGUCCUGCACCCACCGCCUUCAAACACAAAAGGGGAAAGCAGAAAACAGACCAAGGUGUUUGCCUUCGACCACUGCUUCUGGUCCAUGGACGAGUCCAACCUCCCAAAGUAUGCCGGCCAGGAAGUAGUUUUCAAGUGCCUUGGAGAGGGAAUCCUGGAGAAUGCGUUUCAAGGAUACAACGCCUGCAUCUUCGCCUAUGGACAGACAGGUUCUGGGAAGUCCUUCUCCAUGAUGGGGAAUGGAGACCAGCCAGGCCUCAUCCCCCGGCUCUGCUGCACCCUGUUUGAGAGGGUCUCCAAGGAGGGCAAUGAGGGUCACUCCUUCAAGGUGGAGGUGUCCUACAUGGAGAUCUACAAUGAGAAGGUCCGAGAUCUGCUGGAUCCCAAAGGGAACCGUCAGUCCCUGAAGGUCCGGGAGCACAAGGUUCUGGGUCCAUAUGUGGAUGGGUUAUCCCAGCUGGCUGUCACUAACUUUGAGGACAUCGAGUCGUUAAUGUCAGAAGGGAACAAAUCUCGCACCGUCGCAGCCACCAACAUGAACGAGGAGAGCAGCCGCUCCCACGCCGUCUUCAGCAUCAUCAUCACCCAGACCCUGUACGACCUGCAGUCUGGGAACUCCGGGGAGAAAGUGAGCAAGGUGAGCCUUGUCGACCUGGCGGGCAGCGAGCGGGUGUCCAAGACGGGCGCGGCAGGCGAGAGGCUCAAAGAGGGCAGCAACAUCAACAAGUCCCUGACCACCCUGGGUUGUGUCAUCUCUGCCCUGGCCGAUCAGUCGGCCGGGAAAGGGAAGACCAAGUUUGUGCCUUACAGAGAUUCUGUCCUCACCUGGCUACUCAAGGAUAACCUUGGGGGCAACAGCAAGACCGCUAUGAUUGCCACGAUCAGCCCGGCUGCAGAUAACUAUGAAGAGACCCUGUCAACGCUGCGCUACGCCGACCGAGCGAAGAGGAUCGUCAACCACGCCGUGGUCAACGAGGACCCCAACGCCCGCAUCAUCCGCGAGCUGAGGGAGGAGGUGGAGAAGCUGAAGGAGCAGCUGACCCAGGCGGAGUCCAUGAAAGCCCCAGAACUUCAGGAGAAGCUGCAGGAGUCAGAAAAGCUCAUCCAGGAGAUGACGGUCACCUGGGAGGAGAAGCUCAGGAAGACGGAGGAGAUUGCUCAGGAGCGUCAGAAACAGUUGGAGAGCAUGGGCAUCUCCUUGGAGUCUUCAGGGAUCAAGGUUGGAGAGGACAAGUGCUUCCUUGUCAACUUGAAUGCUGACCCUGCCCUCAAUGAGCUGCUGGUCUACUAUCUGAAGGAGCACACACGUGUUGGAGCUAAUACAUCUCAGGACAUCCAGCUGUUUGGGAUCGGGAUCCAGCCAGAACACUGCUUAAUUGACAUCAGCCAAGACGGAGACAUCACUCUGACUCCAAUAGAGAAUGCCAGAACCUGUGUGAACGGCACCAGUAUCCACUCCGUGGCCCACCUCUGGCAUGGUGACCGCAUCCUGUGGGGCAAUAACCAUUUCUUCAGGAUCAACCUGCCCAAGCGGAAGCGGAGGGACCGUUUGAAGGAGGCGGACAGGGGGUCUCCGCGGGAGAGCUUUGUGGAGCCGGACGUGGAGACGGCCAGCGAGGCCUCGUCUGAGCAGGAUUACAGCUACGAGUUCGCCCAGAUGGAGGUCAUGAUGAAGACCCUGGGGAGCAACGACCCCAUGCAGAACGUGGUGCAGGUGCUGGAGAAGCAGUACCUGGAGGAGAAGCGCACCGCCCUGGAGGAACAGCGAAUGAUGUACGAGCGCGAGCUGGAGUCGCUACGGCAACAGCUGUCCCCCGAACGACCCCACCCCCACCACCGCUGCAGCACUGACCGCCUGUCCUUCCCCACACACACCUCCCACAGCAAGCUCCGCCUGUGGUCUGAGGAACGGGACGAGCUGUUUCGCCAGAGCUUGUCCCGGCUCAGGGAGCAGGUGGUGAAAGCCAACACACUUGUGCGAGAGGCCAAUUUCCUGGCAGAGGAGAUGACCAAGCUGACGGACUACCAGGUCACCUUGCAGAUUCCCGCUGCCAACCUCAGCGCCAACCGCAAGCGUGGAGCCAUUGUGAGUGAGCCGGCCAUUCAGGUCCGUCGCAAAGGAAAGGGCACGCAGGUGUGGACCAUCGAGAAGCUGGAGAACAAGCUGGUGGACAUGAGAGAGCAUUACCAGGACUGGAAGGAAGGAACGGAAGAGAUGAAUAACAAGCUCAACAACAAGCGCGGCGAUCCGUUCUACGAGGCGCAGGAGAAUCACAACCUCAUCGGAGUGGCCAAUGUUUUUCUGGAGUGCCUCUUCCACGACGUCAAGUUGCAGUAUGCUGUUCCCAUCAUCAGCCAGCAGGGGGAGGUGGCAGGUCGGCUGCAUGUGGAGCUGAUGAGGGUCAGUGGGGCAGUGCCUGAGCGUCUGGUUGGCGGAGACGACUCUUCAGAGAACUCCAGCGAAAGUAGCAGCUAUGAGGUCAUGGACAACAAUGGGGAGAUAGUCUACAUCGCCAAGAAACUCACCUGCAGGGUGCGGAUCAGAGAGGCCACCGGGCUGCCCCUGAACCUGUCCAACUUCGUCUUCUCUCAGUACACCUUCUGGGAGCAGGGGGAGCCCACGGUGGCCCCGCCCAUGGUCAGCCCGGACACGCCCUCCCCUCACACCCCUGACUCUCAAUUCACUGUUCGGUUUGAUCACUGCAAGGACUAUGUGGUUCACGUGACGGAGGAGUUUCUGGAGUUCAUCUCGGAGGGGGCUCUGGCCAUAGAGGUGUGGGGUCACCGCUGUGCUGGAAAUGGACACUCACUGUGGGAGCUGGACGCCCUAGAGGCCAAGACACGCACGCUCCGAGACCGGUGGAGUGAGGUGUCCAGGCAGAUCGAGCUGUGGGUCUCCAUCCAGGAGCUGAAUGAGCAGGGGGAGUACUCCGCUGUGGAGAUGCACCCCACCAAGGACGUCAGCACUGGGGGGGCCUUCCAGCUCCGGCAGGGUCACUCCCGGCGCCUGCAGGUGUGUGUGAAGCCGGUGCAGCAGUCUGGGACUCUGCCCCUGCUGGUGGAGGCUGUGCUGUCCGUGUCCAUCGGCUGUGUGUCCGCGCGCUCUGCCAAGCUGCAGAGACCACUGGACAGCUACCAGAGGGAGGAGGAUGGCGAUAUGGAUAGUUAUCAGGAGGAGGACCUGAACUGCGUACGAGAGCGCUGGUCUGAUGCCCUGGUGAAACGCAGGGAGUACCUGGAUGAGCAGAUCAAGAAAAUCAUCAACAAACAAGAGAAGUCUGAGGAGGACGUGGAGCGAGAGGCCCGGCUGGUGGAGCAGUGGGUGGGUCUGACGGAGGAGAGGAACGCAGUGCUGGUGCCGGCACCUGGCAGCUGCAUCCCCGGUGCCCCUGCAGACUGGGUGCCCUCUGCAGGAAUGGAGGUUCACAUCCCUGUCCUCUUCCUGGAUCUCAAUGCGGACAGUCUGACGGUCAGUGAGCAGAUGACUGGGCCCCACACUGCUGGAGUUAACUCCAUCCUGCCCAAAGAGCACGGCAGCCAGUUCUUCUACCUGCCCAUCAUCCGACACAGUGAUGACGAGGUGCUGGCUGUGUGCUCCUGGGACUCCUCCAUCCAUGACUCGGUCCACCUGAACCGCGUCACCAGCCCCAGCGAGCGCAUCUACCUGAUCAUCAAGGUGACUGUCCAGCUGAGCCACCCCGCCUCUAUGGAGCUGGUCCUUCGCAAGAGGAUUGCGGUCAACAUCUACAACAAGCAGAGUUUCACACAGAGUCUGAAGAGACGGAUGUCAAUGAAGAAUUUGCUCUACUCCUGUGGAGUCACGUACGAGAUUGUGUCCAACAUACCAAAGGCGUCUGAGGAGCCGGAGGAGAGGGAGACGCUGGCGCUCAUGGCCGCGCGGGGGGAGAGCGAAGACUCCCACGACGGGGAGACGUACAUCGAAAAGUACACCAGAGGGGUGCUGGAGGUGGAGAACAUCCUGAGUCUGGAGAGGCUGAGACAGGCGGUAACAGUGAAGGAAGCGCUCUCUGCCAAAGGAAGACACAUCCGGAGGAGCAUAAGUACCCCCAACGUUCAGCAUGUGUCAUGCAGCAAAACUGACUUAACAGGGUGUGAAGAUGAAGAUUUCAAGGUGCAUUCUGAGAGUCAGCCGGACAUCGCCAACUGCAGUUUCCCAGAUGUUACACUGUGUAGCACCCUCCCCAGGGACUCACCCCACAAGAACAAGGAGUGUCCUGGGUUGGUUCCAGAGAGCCCCACGUUCUUCAACUCCAGCCCCUUCAAGGCCCUGUCUCCCCAGCCCCCCAAGUUCCUCAAGGCCCUGAUGCCAGUGAAGGAGGAGAACAAGUGCAGGAGGUCCCUGGAGGCCCGGCCGCUGCUGGGACAGGAGCAGAGCAUGCGCCCGUUUGCAGACCGCCCUGCGCUGGCCCCUCACUGCCCCUGGCGACGCCCGAGGGCAGGAAGUGAGGGCCACAGCGGCGGCAGGCAGCUCAGUCUAGGCUCAGAGCGCAGACACACACACCAACACACCCCCGACUCUGAGGAAGAGGAGCCUGACUCAGGCACGCCGCCGGGGCAGCCGAGCAUGCUGGGAUUUGACGUGGACUCUCAGGAGUUCCCGGGCCUCCAGCCCUACAUUCCGGAGGACUUUGCCAACUUUGAGGUGUACAACGCCACCCUGGAGGGCCGGGAGGGGACCCAGUGCAGACGGGCGGAGCUGGCUGUGGCCGGAGCCGCGGCGGGGGGGCGGAGCUUGGAGAAGGAGGUGUCGCGAAGCCCCACGGCCAGCAGCUGCACCAGCGGAUACUUCUCCCACAGCGCCUCCAACGCCACGCUGUCCGACGUCCUCUUCACCGGCAGCGACAGCUCCGACCAGCUGAGCGCCCGCGACCCCGCCGACCUCCACGACUCCUCCCUCUCCGUCCGGAGGAGCUCGCUCCAAACCAAAAGUGCCUCAGGGGGAGAGCCUUCACUCACGCACCCAGGCCCGUACAGGAGCGCCUCGCCGGUCUGCACGCCCAACUGCUCCAACAGCGACCGGCCUAACGAGACGCCCGCCCAGUUCCCCCGGGGCUGCGUCCUCAGCGUCAGUCAGGAGUUCACCGACUUCAAGGGAGCUGAAGAGGGGGCCGAGGACGCGGGCCUGGACCGCUGUGAGGAGGACGGGUGGCAGUGUGGGGAAACGUGCCUUUUCUCAGGUCAGGAGGACCAGGGCGCGCCGCAAGCCUGCCACAUGCACAACGGCAAAGAGCCGGUCCCCCCCACCUCCGAAGAGCCGCAGGGCCAGGGGAACGCCCCGCCCGCAGCAGAGCCCCCCCCAGGCCCCGACCAGCCCACCGACUCCUCCAGUGGGGACGAGGGCGCGCCCGUGGCCCAGCUCCCGGACUGGAUGGCCCCCGGGGAGCGGGUGUGGGUGGGGGAGAAGGGCGGGAUGGUGCACUAUGUGGGAGGGGUGGAGUUCGCUGAGGGGAUCUGGGUGGGAGUGCAACUGGAUGUUCCAGCUGGCAAGCACAACGGCACCGUUCAGGGACGGGUGUACUUCCGCUGUCCGGCUGGCCACGGCGUCUUCGUCAGACCGCCCCGUCUCUCCAGAGAGCCCACCAAUUCGGGGAAAGGACCCCAGGCCCGCAGCACCCCCUCAAGGUCUUCCAGGUCUCAUGAAAAACAGAGCAGGGGUUUGACCCAGGGGAACACGGAGGAGAGGAGCAGGGUGGAGCAGCGGGCCUCCCGAAACACCUCCCAGGACCACCGGCGAUCCUGGAACAGCUGAGCAGAGAUGGACUCCUCUUUGUAAUCCUGUGUCACGCUUCAUGGUUCUACCCCUAGGGAUACACACUUCAACCAUUACAACGCCCCCCCCCUUUUUGUCUUAAUAAACCUGAUAAGUGCAUUUUUAAAGCUAAUGUCACUGAAUACGUUAUAUCAACUUUUUGCCAUAAAAUGUUGUUGUUUUUAUUUUAUUUCAUUUUUUGUUUACGUGUUAUGUUAGUUCCCGUUAUGUCUGCCAGCCUGUAGAGAGCUGUGGCAAAGCAACCAUCCAAGUUUCUGUCAUUUCUGCCACUACUAAUGAAGCUAGUCACCAUGAGUAUAAUCAGAAUCACUGUGUUCUUUCAGAGGAAAGAAUGUACUUCCUGAAAAACAAGGAUGUGAGAGCUGGGAAGAUGUUUGGUUGAGUAUAUACCACUGCUGUUAACAAGUGAAUAUUUAUGAUGGUGGUUUAAUUCAUUAUCAAUAUUAUGAGUCACCAAAGAACUCAAAGUUUCUUAAAGAUUCUGCUGUUAAAAUGUCCCAAGUUUGUUGAUGUGGUGUCUGGGUAUAUGUGUGUAAGUAAUGUGGAAAGCUUAGUGCCAUAUGUCUGUUAAUAGUCAAGGCCAAGCUCAUGUGUUAACUAUUUAUCUCCUGUGUAAAUCACGAAUUGCCAGCCAGUUAUCAAGUGAACGCCAAACCCCUUCUUCUACAUUGAGAGAUGAGAGCAUGUGUUGACAUUGCUGACCAAAUGGUGUUUCUUUGGUAUAGAGGGUGACCAGGCAUCCCAGUUGGGUUGAACCACAUUUGCUACUACAAGAAGCCUCCUAUGGGGGGGGAAGAAGAAAAUGAGAGCCCCCAGUGUGUGCUUUUGCUAUGCAAUUUGCACAUUGUGUCAGUAACUGAUUUAAUUUUAGGCCUAGCCAUUAUAAUGCCUUACUGCCCUGUUAAUGUACAGGGAGGGAGGGAGACUGUUCUGUGGAUAUAGUGUCUUUCCUGUGACCAUAUUUCCUGUGACCCAACAAGGACACACCCUGCAUAUGACGUAAUGCCUAGGAGCAUUUAAAUAACCAACUCACUGGCCUGUGUGUCAGUAUGUCUGAAACAGUGUUACUGCGACUGCAAGUCAUUGUAUGUGUGCUUGACUGAAUGACUGACUUCUUGUUUUAAGUCUACGUAAAGGUACUCAUGCAAAUAUAUAGAUAAUAAAUAUAUAUUUUUGGAGGAAAGGAUUAUGUGUUGUAAGGGGCAAUAUCAAGAAAAUGAGAAAAAUAUGUAUAUAUAUUAGUUUUGUAUACUGAAUGAUAGUGGGUCAUCUGCACUCUGCUUGAAAAAGUAACUUUUAAAGGGAGUAUUAUGGUGUAAAGAGCUGUGGAUCUGACAGGAUGUCAGAGGAGUAAACGAAUGCUGUAAUUUUGAGAAAAUGAGAGGAAAACCCAGGACCUUACUUUAAAGAAGAGGACAAAGCUGCUCUCCUUCAUGAGGAGUUGUAAAUACAUCCUUAUCUGAACAUAAUGUUUUCCUAUAUUAUAAUGUACAGAAUUGUAAUUUAUAUUGUAUUUCAUCGAAACUGUUUUAAUCAAUGAAAAAGUGUUUUAGAAUACAGAGUUUACAAUCGA